AUGUCCGUCCGACUACGCCUCUCGCGCCAUCACCUGACCCGCAACGCCCCCAGCUACUCUCUCGUCGCCACGCGUCGUUCCUUGCGACCGAAUGCCCGUCCCUUGGAAGUACUCGGCACCUGGACCCCGAUCCCCGUCGCUGUACCGACCCAGUCUCACUCGCCCAACGGAGAAAUCAGGGAUCCCAAACUAUGGGGUCCGCCACUGCAACUGCCUUCUCCCUCAUCGGCGUCCUCCCACAAGGCUACAACACGUGUCGAAUCGGUUCAGGCCGCGACCGUCGCAGCGGGGGAGAAGAGGGUCGUCUGGAACGAACAUCGCGUCAAGUAUUGGUUGGGCCAAGGCGCGAAACCGACCAAGGCCGCCGAGAAGCUCUUGGUCAAGGCUGGCAUCCUCGGUCAGUUCACAGUUCGGCCUUCGUAGCCGGCGGGUUGGGGCGGGUUGGUGUGACGUCGAGCUCACUCGCUUCUCCGCUCCUCGGGCACUUCAGAUAUGGCCGUCCUGCCCCAGGUCAACGCAGGGACAAGAACCAUCUCCCACGACCGAAGGAUACGAGAUGCCGUUAGGAAAGCCGGUCUCUUGCCAUCUCAACACUCGGGCUCAAAACAGGCAUCGUCGACACCGUCAGAGUAA